AUGGCGCCUGCCAGCGCGGCGGCUGCCAGUGAGGAAGGCUUUGAGCUGGAGUUCUCUGAUCUGAUCCCGCCUCUUUCCACGGCCCGAUUCUUGGAGGAGUUCUGGGGGCAGAAAGUUUUUUCGACUUCUCUGUGCGAGGAUCUCCUGACAAUCCUUAGCGUGGGCUUUCACGACGGAAACCUGUCCGAAUGUGUUGCGGACUGCAGGAAGGACGACAAUGUCCAGUUCACUGAAGCAGAGUUGGAGGGGUUCCAGGCAGAUCUGGAACAGCGAAGGAGUGUGAUCUUGCCGUUCUGCUUCACGCCAGGGGCCAUUGACAUUAAGCGUGCCUUCAUCCAUGCAUGCUCUGGGUUCGGCAACGACAUUGAAGUUGGCAUGUACUUCUCGCGGCUCGGAUGCGAGCCGGCCCAGUGGCAUUUCGACCCGAACCACAAUCUGACGAUACAGAUUUUGGGAGAAAAAGACUGGUACUGCGCCGAAGGCAAUCCUCACACUUUCGGUGCUGCUAGAGGCAUGCGAGACGUGCCGAUGAACUUCAUGGAUCAGAGUAUCCCCAUCCCGGGCACAGGACCCUUGGACAGAUCGUGCUACAAUCUCCGGCCAGGAUCAGUGUUGUACAUUCCCCCAGGCCAUUGGCACUCUGUCACUCCGGUGCAAGGCGAGUGUGUCUCCGUGAACCUGCGGGUGGCAAACCUGCUUCAUGCAAAGUGGAUCUGUGAGGUAUUAUUUGCAGAGAUGAUCCGGGCCGCCCGGGGCCAGGGCACUCUAUGUGCAGUGCGACCUCCUGAUUUUGGGGGUCCUGGGCUGUCCGACACCAUGAAGCAGCAGGCAGCGCAUUGCGGAGACCUGGAGUCCUUUUGGUGUCGUCCGCCGCGCUGUUUUCCAUUUCAGAAGGAGCACUCGGAUGGCCUCAGGCUGGGUGCGACGCUCGACUUCUUGAAGUCCAAGAACUUCUUGUGUGAUCGUUCUUUGCUGUCCAAAGACGGGCUUGUCAUCAUGAGCCCACUUGUGUCGAUUAUCCCGAAGCGGAGAGAUGCAGAUUCCUUGGUCGUUGACCUGAGAUCUGUGUCCAGCCUAACUGGAUCAGACUAUCUGAGGUUCUCAAUAAUCUGCAGCUCAGCUCUUGAAGGCCCGCUGAAGCUUCUGGCCAGCUGCGGAAAGGCGACGCUUUGCGAUUUGUGCGAUCUUCCUCGUCUAAGCUCUGCGCGGCAGGUGCCAAGAAGGAAGCGCGGGCAGGCGACGGAUCUUUUGCCUGACGAAUUGGCUUCGCUCUUCCAGGUCCUGAUCCACGGCAAUGUGGCAUUUCUUCACUCGUCGAUCUCAGAAGAGGCACUAAUGGCGGGCACGUUGGACUGCAUUAACCUUCCUGCCCCAGCGAUCAUGAAGGACCCAGAGAAUGUCUUCGCCAUGGAGGCUAUAGAGCCCAUUGCUAUCUCGAGACGGCGCCAGAGCCCUCCAAAUCUGGAGGUGGGCACUUUCAAGCUGUACCCAUCGAGCACGAAAGGUGGAAACAGUGAGGGAAAGUCGCAUCUCCAUGGCAGAUGGAUGGAACUAUCGACCCAGCUUUCAUCUGUGCUCUCUGAGAUGCAGCCAAAACGAAGAUUAAAUGCAGUCAUCGAAGGUUCGCGCAGCCUUUCACUUGGUGUCCGCAUGAGAGAACACUGGCUGGAGAAGCCCCUGCACCCUGAGGGGCUUUUCAGAAUCGCUUGGGACACCCUUGCUCUUGUACUGGUGACUGUGGAUGGAUUCCUCACACCUGUUGCCAUUGCUUGGGACUUGGACACCGAGGCGAAUUUCGUGUUCCAGGCCUCCUUUCUAUGCAGCUUCGCGUUCUGGUUUAUGGAUGUAUUUUGCAACUUCAACACGGCCGUCUAUCUCAGAGGAAAUCUCAUCUACGCACGCUCGACGAUCGCAAUGCAGUAUCUGAAGUCAUGGCUGCUGUUCGAUAUUCUGCUUAUACUGCUGGAUUGUCUCAACCUGUUUACCACUUCUAUAGGUAAUCUGGCUGCGUUGCGUGUGGCCCGCCUCGUUCGUGCUCUUCGCCUCGUUCGCUUGCUGAAGAUGUCGAAGCUGCACGACAUGAUUCAGGAGGUUGCGGCAGCCUCAGGGCGGCAGUGGAUAAUGUUGGUUAUUGCAAUCGCCAACACGGCUUGCAGAAUACUGGUAGUGGCCCACAUUCUUGCUUGUAUAUGGAUCUGGCUGGGGCGGUGGGUGGAAGCCUCUCAGGGUGUCAGCUGGAUUGAAAUAUCCGGUGCAAAGGACCUAGGCAUCUAUGUGCAAUGGCUGCAUUCGUUACGAUAUGUGAUCAACUCGCCAUCGCCCCCUUCGAUUGCACCGAAUAGUGCGACAGAAAGGGUUUUUGACAUCAGUGCCUACAUGUUUUCCUUAAUGGUCAUCGGUUCUGCAAUCUCAGCGGUAGCCGGAACUCUGAAUGAUUUACGUGCCCUGAACGAAGAACGGGCGCGUCAGCGACGGGAAGUCAGGAUGUACCUCACCAGCCAAAAUGCAGGGUACGAGCUUAUUGGACGUGUGAUGAAGUUCGUGGAUUAUAAGCUUGAGAAGAUGACGGCUUUCAGCUUUGAUGAGUCUCUGAUCUCGCCGACUCUCUACACGGAGCUCUUUGUCGGCCAACGGGGGAAGUUCCUUUCGAAGCUUCCGAUCUUUUCACUGACCCUUGAGAUUUUCCCGGACGUCUUUGCGCAUGUUUGCACUACGCUGCAAAAGCAUGUGUUUGAGAAGGGGGAGCUCGUUUUUGCAGCGGGUGAUUGGGCUGAAUCUUUGCACAUGACCACGGCAGGCAUCUACACACUUUCCGACAUAUCCUUGGAAGAACCCGAUGAUCGGAUUCUCAAAGGCGAAGAGGUCCACUGGUUUGCUGAAGUCAGUUUGUACGCAGAAACUGCCAUCCACAUUUCGACUUUAAGAGCCAAGAACAUCGCCGAGAUGUUUAUGCUGUCCGGGGACAGUUUGGUUUCGACAGUGCGUGAAUCGCCUGCCUGUUCCGCGCUGUUCUGCGAGUAUGCGAGGGACUUCAUCGCGAAGCAGCGAGGCGUCAGUGACACGCACGACGAUCACGUAAGAUAUGCGCGCGACUGCUGCCAGAAGAGCCAGUACUUCCAGGAGCUCCAUCCGGAUCAGUCGAAACAGUUCGAGAAUGUAGACAUUCUUACAGCUACCUCGGCAGAGUUCGUAGAAGCGGCGGCCGGUCCCAGCUCUCCGCUUCAGGAAGCGGAGCCAGCGAGGUUUGGCGUCGCAAGCCUCAUCGUGGAGCUAACAGAUGGCACACUGGGUGCAGAGGGGCUGUCUCAGAAGCUGCAAAGGCUUCUCCCGGAGAUUCACCCCACCCGCGGAACAUACCGCGUUUUCGAGGAAGGGGCAGAGAGAGGUCGUGCAGAAUCUGCAUGCAUCGGCAUACUUGCUCUUCUGGCGAACAGAUAUGAUAUCUACACUUACGUACAAUCAGCAAACAAACUGUCGCAGUUACAAUGGGAGCAGCUGCAGGAGAUAGUCAGGUGGAUCCACCCCACGGAGAAGCAUGUCCGUGCUGUUUUGGUUCUGUUGGCCAUGAGAGGUCUCGGGAAGUCCAAAGCUGUGCUGAGCCAGGUUCCCGAACAGGAUCAGCGUCCUGAGAGGGCAGUUCUGUACCUUAUGGAAGAGCAGAAAAACGUGGUCCCGUCAGUGGCGAAACUGGAUGAUGACGAUGUUGCUUUGGUGCAGGACACACUACUGCAUCACGAAACCUUUAAGCUAGCACAGAUGCUUCAAGGUGAGAAUGUCCCGGCCUCCCUGGCUGAGUUGCAGGAGCGAUUUUCAGAGAGCGGCAAUGGAGCCUUUCAAUUCUACGUCCUCUUUCUAUUGGGUUUUAUGAGUGGCAUUGCAGGUGGCCUAGGUUCAAAGUUCAUGACAGCCAAGAAUGCAGACGCAGUCAUCAGUUGCAUUUGCAUGCUACAGCGUCUUCUAGAAGCGACACCAUUGGGAAUCUACUGGGGCUACCUCAGUGCCCGCGCCGGAUCGCUCGGCUUGCCAUGCACAACUACGGAGGAUCUUGCUCUCGUUCGCUUGGCGUGCCUGAGUCGAUUACAGGAUCGGGAUGGCUACGUUGCUUUGCGCAGGGCAUGGUGCACCUGUAGCCAACGAGCAAGGAUGCGAUUGAUGUCGCAUUUCUUGGCCGAUGGCAUGUCUGAUCGUGCAUUCGUGCUAGAGUUCCUUCCCGACUGCAUUUCAAACGCAAAAGGCAACAAGCUGGUGGGCUUGUCGGCAUUCCUGCUUGUUCUGGUUGAUCUGCUUGCCAACCUUGCGAUUGUUGUCGAUUCUUCCCCGAACAUGAACUCCAGAAAGCUGGUCAAUGUUGACCUUUCAGAUAUGAGUGCAUUUACCCUGGCGGUGCAGAAUUGCUUCGUGUUCAGAACAUGUGUAUCGCGCUGCAACUUCCAGAUUCGAGAGGAGACUGUCCAAGUCCAAAUGACAAGCGAGAACUGGAGCCGCACGCAGGAUCCAGAGACGGACACCACGAACAUGUGCCACAUGGUCACGGAGAUCCUUCUUCAGCAACAGGCUGUUAUGGGACACUUCUCCAUAGAGCAGGCGUCAUCGUGGCCCCCAAGGCUUUCUGCCUCGUUGGAUACAGAGUGUACCAUGGAAGACCCAACCAUCACUUCCAGCAUCGUUUGGUGUGAGGUAGGCUACGAACGAGAGCCAGAGCACAAGAUGAACAGUGCGUCUCAAGCCGGAACGCAGGGUGCCAACUUCGAGGCCGAGGUGGAAGUGCGAGAUGCACUGUCUGUUACAGCUUUUUCGCGAAGUGUGCCGAAGACAUGGGGCAGUCAGCUCCUGAGUGAUGGCGGCGAAGGUCUUCUCGGGGAGUAUGGCCGGCAUGAUGCCCCUGGCGAGUUCGGGAAAAAAGAGCGGAAUGAUCCCGGCACCUGUUGUUGGAUGUCCGGGGCCUGCAAUGUCGCGACAGUUCUAAGAAGACCGUUUCCUGGCAGCGGCAGGGAUGCCAACAAUGGGGCGGGAGAAGCUUCGGAAGCAGAACCUAACUACAACGGCGAUCACCGUGCCGCCACCACCGCGUCGCCACCACCGCCGCAACACCCAUCACUACUCACCGGCCGUCGUCGUCUUCAUCUUCAUCACAAUCAUCCGCAUCACAGCUGGUUCGUUCGGAUUAUUUCAGAGCCCACUGCUUCCAGCAAACAGAUCUCGUCUUGUGGUAGCUACAAUCACGGCAGCCGCGCUGCAGAAGCAGUGCACUCUUGCAGCUCGGAUCUUCGCGUAGAAGCUGUUGUUCUGGACUGGCUGGGUGAUCGUGUUUGGAAUGUAGCAGAUAUCUGGCUGACAGCCCCGACGGGCAAACCGCUCCUCGGCUGCGAGCUCCACUUCCUUGAAGUGAAUUGUCUGGUGGUUGCGUAUGCCUGGCCUCUCCAGUCCCGAGUCCUGGACAUGGGGGAUACGGCGGAGUUUCUAGACGUAGGUGAUGCAGCCAGCUUUGACCAGCUCGAGGGCGGCGUUGCCUCCGAGGGUUCCGCUGGUGCGGAUGUGGCGCAGCUCCUCAGAGAGCAGCUGGCCAUCAGUGACGUCUGUUUGCUGAACAAGUGCGACCUCGUGGAUUCGGCUCAGAGGGACCAGGUGUCCUCUCGCAUUCGCGAGGUGAACCCGGCCGUGCGGGUGGUCCCCUGCCGACAUGGCAAGGUGAAUUUGGCGCAGGUCCUGCAGGUGAACUCUUUCUCACUCGACGGCGCGAUCUCACUGGAUGCGCACUUCCUGACGUCGGAUGCCGACCAUGGGGACGGCCAUGGAGAAGGUCACGAUCAUGGACACGGGCGUGAGGAGCACCCCCACGCUCACAGCGCCAUGAGCAGCCUAGGCCUUGAAAUAGCGGAGGCCAUCGAACGCUCGGCUCUCGAGGACUGGCUCCGGAGCGUCGUGGAGCGCUUGGGGCAGGAUCUGAUUCGUCUGAAGGGCGUCCUGCGCCAACACGGAGAGGCAAGCUGCCUCGUGGUGCAAGGUGUAGGUGGGCACAUUGACGUCUCGGAUGCGUCCGACCUUCAACCCGCCACCAGUCGCCUGGUGAUCAUCGGCCGCGUGUCGGACUGGGGUCUGCGCAAGGAGCUCCAAGACGGAUUCCUUGCGCUGGGCGCCGCGAGCGCCAAGCAGGGGCCCGGGUCAAGGGCUUUCCAGCCUCCGGAUAGGUACGCUGCGAGGGUUUGGGGCUUUUGGGCUUUCCACUGA